UCUAAUUAUUCGCCUGUGGUAGUUUAGGUGGUAUACCUUGGAAACAUGCAAUCAGCUGUUCUGUCCCAUGGAGUGGAAAUGACGACGUGUGCAUGUCCACGUCAGCAUGCUUCGCUGGCAGCCGCAGAUGGCCUACGGCUGCGGUUCCCUCCCGCCAACGAAGCCUGCAGGGGGGGGACCUACCUUGUCUUCCCCGGCAAGAGGAAUUUCACCCUCGGGAUCAGCCUCGGGGGGUACACGCUUGAGAAAGCCACCAGGUUCGGCGAGAACAAGCUUGGGAGGUGUCUCGCUCGGCGGGGGGGAGUGGGAGAUGCCAGCUUCUACCGCUCCUACACCCUUCCUUCCUUCACACCAGACUGCUCUCACCUCCAUCUGAGGCUGUCUGCCCGGGCAGACGGCUCUCCCGCUGACAAGCCCCUCUCUCCUCCUCCUCCUCCUCCUCCUCCUCCUCCUCCACCUCCUCCUCCUCCUACUCCACCCACUUCAGUUGUUAGUGCAGCUUCGUUAGAUGGCAUUGCUGAGCUGUAUAGCAAUUAUGAUUUGGGUAAAGAAAUGGAUAAGGAAAUGGAAAACAAAUUUGUCCGAUUAAGAGAGGAGGAGCCGGCUUUCGGUCCCACAGCCAUGCUGCUCCUUGGGUUCUCGUCUGAGGAUGUGACACGUGUCAAUCAGAUGCUUAACGAGAUGGGCGGGGAGUUUAUGCGUGUAAUCAUCUGUACACCACAGAUGUUUAAUCAAUCCACUCUUGGCCAAGCCAUUAUCGGCAAUUUCAGUGAUGAUGAUGAUAAUGAUGAUGAUGAUGAAGAUGAUGAGGAUGAUAGGUUAGCAAGAGGCGGGCGGAGAUUCGACUCCUCCUUGUCAUCAUCAGCUGAGGGAUUGCGUGAUUGGCAAGAAGAAGCAGGAGAGGGUAAGAAGGAGAUAGAGGAGGAGAAGGUGCCACGUGUCUGUAUAUUAUCAGGUCUUACGGGAGAAGAGAUCAUGAUAAUGGUAGACGCUUUUUCGGAGAUAGGUCUCGUCCCGUCGCCGAUUUUUGGCGCGCUGGUUCCCGCCAAUUUGGAUAAACCCAUCAGGCAUGUCAUCGAGGAUAUGAUGGGUGAUCAUGAAGAGCUAAGUGGUUGAGGAUAUGAGGGGAAAUAUGUAUAUAUACAUAGACGAAACAGUUUGUCACAGCCCAUCGC